AUGUCGGCGGGCGGCCGCGAGGAGGAGCGGCGGAAGCUGGCGGACAUCAUCCACCACUGGAACGCCAACCGGCUGGACCUGUUCGAGAUCAGCCAGCCCACCGAGGAUUUGGAGUUCCAUGGAGUGAUGAGGUUUUAUUUUCAAGAUAAAGCUGCUGGGAAUUUUGCAACAAAAUGUAUCCGGGUCUCCAGCACGGCCACCACGCAGGACGUCAUCGAGACGCUGGCCGAGAAGUUCCGGCCUGACAUGCGCAUGCUGUCCUCCCCCAAGUACUCGCUCUACGAAGUGCACGUCAGUGGAGAAGAAAGAAGAUUGGAUGUGGACGAGAAGCCCCUGGUGGUGCAGUUGAACUGGAAUAAAGAUGACCGUGAAGGCAGGUUUGUCCUGAAGAACGAGAACGACGCCGCUCCUCUCAAGAAGGCUCAGAGCAAUGGACCUGAGAAGCAGGAAAGAGAAGGCGUCAUCCAGAACUUCAAGCGGACUCUCUCGAAGAAAGAAAAGAAGGAGAAAAAGAAGCGAGAAAAAGAGGCACUGAGACAGGCGCCCGACAGAGAGGACGGACCUUUCCGAGGGGAUGACGUUGAGAAUUCUCGCCUGGCUGCUGAGGUUUACAAAGACAUGCCGGAAACCAGCUUCACCCGCACCAUCUCCAACCCCGAGGUGGUCAUGAAGCGGCGGCGGCAGCAGAAGCUGGAGAAGAGGAUGCAGGAGUUCCGCAGCUCGGACGGGCGGCCGGACUCAGGUGGAACGUUGAGGAUUUAUGCGGAUAGUUUACGACCAAAUAUCCCCUACAAGACGAUCCUGCUGUCCACCACGGACCCUGCGGGCUUUGCGGUGGCCGAAGCUCUGGAGAAGUACGGCCUGGAGAAGGAGAACCCGAAGGACUACUGCAUUGCCAGGGUUAUGCUCCCCCCUGGAGCCCAGCAUUCUGACGAGAAAGGCGCUAAGGAAAUGGUCCUGGAUGAUGACGAGUGUCCCCUGCAGAUCUUCCGGGAGUGGCCCAGCGACCGAGGGGUUUUAGUCUUCCAGUUGAAGAGGAGGCCCCCAGACUAUGUGCCCAGGAAAACCAAGAAGCACCUGGAUGGGCGGCCCGCGAAGGGCAAGGAGAGAGCCGACGGGGCGGGCUACGGCUCCGCACUGCCGCCCGAGAAGCUGCCCUACCUUGUGGAGCUGAGCCCAGAUGGCUCCGACUCCAGAGACAAACCCAAGCUCUACCGCCUGCAGCUCAGUGUGACCGAGGUCGGGACAGACAAGUUUGACGACAGCUCCAUCCAGUUGUUUGGUUCAGGGAUUCAGCCCCAUCACUGCGACCUCACGAACAUGGACGGAGUGGUCACCGUCACGCCCAGAAGCAUGGAUGCGGAGACCUACGUGGAGGGGCAGCGCAUCUCGGAGACGACCAUGCUGCAGAGCGGGAUGAGCGUGCAGUUCGGGGCCCAGCACGUGUUCAAGUUCGUGGAUCCCAGCCAGGACCACGCCCUGGCGAAGAGGCCUGUGGACGGCCUGCCCGCGAAGGGCCCCAGACACAAACCCGGAAUUGUUCAGGAGACAACUUUUGACUUAGGAGGUGACAUUCACAGUGGAACAGCUUUGCCAACAAGCAAGAGCUCCACACGACUGGACAGCGACAGGGUGUCGUCUGCCUGCAGCACAGCCGAGCGGGGGAUGGCGAAGCCGAUGGUCCGCGUGGAGCAGCAGCCGGAGUGCCGCUGGCAGGAGAGCAGGACGCAGGAUGCUCUGGGGCCGGAGCUGGUGCUGCCCGCGACCAUUGAGUUCAGGGAGAGCGCUGAAGACUCGUUUCUGUCUGCUGUUAUAAAUUACACGAACAGCUCCACCGUCCACUUUAAGUUGUCCCCCACCUAUGUGCUCUAUAUGGCCUGCCGGUAUGUAUUGUCGAGCCAAUACAGACCGGAGGUCAGCCCCCCCGAGCGCACCCACAAGGUGGUCGCCCUCGUCAACAAGAUGGUGAGCAUGAUGGACGGCGUGAUCCAGGAAGUAGACCAGGUUGAACAGAAACAGAAGAACAUCGCAGGGGCGCUUGCAUUCUGGAUGGCCAACGCAUCUGAGCUCCUCAACUUCAUCAAGCAGGACCGGGACCUGAGCCGGAUCACACUGGACGCCCAGGACGUGCUGGCGCACCUGGUGCAGAUGGCCUUUAAGUUCCUGGUCCACUGUCUGCAGGCAGAGCUGAACAACUACAUGCCGGCCUUCCUGGACGACCCCGAGGAGAACAGUCUGCAGAGACCAAAGAUAGACGACGUCCUGCACACGCUCUCGGGGGCGAUGGCGCUGCUGCGGCGCUGCCGGGUCAACGCAGCCCUCACCAUCCAGCUCUUCUCCCAGCUCUUCCACUUCAUCAACAUGUGGCUGUUCAACAGGCUGGUCACUGACCCCGAGUCCGGGCUGUGCUCACACUACUGGGGCGCCAUCAUCCGCCAGCAGCUGGGCCACGUGGAGGCGUGGGCGGAGAAGCAGGGGCUGGAGCUGGCCGCCGACUGUCACCUCAGCAGAAUCGUGCAGGCCACUACCUUGCUAACGAUGGACAAGUACGCAUCUGAGGACGUUUCCAACAUAAACAGCACCUGCUUCAAGCUGAACUCCCUGCAGCUGCAAGCCUUGCUGCAGAACUACCACUGCGCGCCCGAUGAGCCCUUCAUCCCCACGGACCUGAUAGAGAACGUCGUGGCUAUGGCCGAGAACACGGCUGACGAGCUGGCGCGCAGCGACGGGCGGGAGGUGCAGCUGGAGGAGGACCCCGACCUGCAGCUGCCCUUCCUGCUGCCAGAGGACGGCUACUCCUGCGACGUUGUCAGGAACCUGCCCAGCGGCCUGCAGGAGUUCCUGGACCCCCUGUGCCAGCGGGGCUUCUGCAGGCUGGUCCCUCACGUACGCUCCCCGGGCACCUGGACCAUCCACUUCGAGGGCGCUGAUUACGAAAGCCAUCUUCUGCGCGAGAACACGGAACUGGCUCAGCCCCUGCGGAAGGAGCCCGAGGUCAUCACCGUGACCCUGAAGAAGCAAAACGGAAUGGGUCUCAGCAUCGUCGCGGCAAAGGGUGCUGGUCAAGACAAACUUGGAAUCUAUGUCAAGUCCGUUGUAAAAGGAGGUGCUGCGGAUGUGGACGGGCGGCUGGCCGCGGGGGACCAGCUCCUCAGUGUGGACGGGCGGAGUCUGGUAGGACUCUCUCAGGAAAGGGCAGCAGAACUCAUGACAAGGACAAGCUCUGUGGUGACACUGGAAGUGGCGAAGCAAGGAGCCAUCUAUCACGGCCUGGCCACCCUGCUCAACCAGCCAUCCCCGAUGAUGCAGAGGCUGUCCGAUCGCCGAGGCUCAGGAAAACCCCGACCGAAGAGUGAAGGCUUCGAGCUCUACAACAAUUCCGCUCCCAACGGCUCGCCCGAGAGCCCCCCCCUGCCGUGGACAGAGUACAGCGAGCCAAGGAAGCUGCCCGGUGACGACCGGCUGCUGAAGAACAGAGCCGAUCACCGCUCCAGCCCCAACGUGGCAAAUCAGCCUCCGAGUCCUGGCGGGAAAGGCGCCUACGCCCCUGGGACGGCAGCGAAGAUAACGUCCGUCUCCACGGGGAACCUCUGCACGGAGGAGCAGACACCCCCGCCGCGGCCCGAGGCCUACCCCAUCCCCACGCAGACCUACACCAGGGAGUACUUCACCUUCCCCGCCUCCAAGGCCCAGGACCGGGCUCCACCACCUCCUCCUCACGGCCAGUGGUCCACUUACGAGGAGGAGCCGCACGUGCACGUGGACGGCAGUCACCCCAGCCUCGUAGCACAGCGAGUGACCCGUUCCCAAGAGGAGCUUCGGGAAGAUAAAGCUUAUCACCUGGAGCACCAUCGUGUGGAGGCCAUGAUGGACCGCAAGUCCGACAGCGACCUGUGGAUGAACCCGAGCUCCUCGGUGGGCUCCAGCGCGUCCAGCCAGGAGCACCUGGACCACAUGUCCAAGCCGGGCACGCCCGCCUCCACCCUGACCAAGAGUGGCCCCGGGCGUUGGAAGACGCCCGCCACAGGGCAGCCCGCGCCUGCAGCUGUCCCCCAGCCUGGCCGCACGGACCUUCCCCCACCACCACCUCCGCCUCCCACGCACUAUCCCAGCGAAUUUGAUGGGAUCCUGAUGGAUCUGCCUCUCCCCCCGCCCCCAGCCGGCCAGCUGGGGCCGCAGCAGUCUGCGCAGGCGGCCGCCGCGGAGCGGAAGAAGAGGGAGGAGCACCAGCGCUGGUACGAGAAGGAGAAAGCGCGGCUGGAGGAGGAGCGGGAGCGGAAGCGCCGGGAGCAGGAGAGGAAGCUGGGCCAGAUGCGCACGCAGGCGCUGAACCCGGCGCCCUUUUCUCCUGUGACCGUGCAGCCAGCGAAGCCGGAGAAGCCGGCCGCGCUGCCCAGGCCCCAGGAGACGGUCAUCCGGGAGCUGCAGCCCCAGCAGCAGCCCCGCACCAUCGAGCGCAGGGACCUGCAGUACAUCACCGUCAGCAAGGAGGAGCUGUCCUCCGGGGACAGCCUGUCCCCCGACCCCUGGAAGCGCGACGCCAAGGAGAAGCUGGAGAAACAGCAGCAGCUGCACAUCGUGGACAUGCUGAGCCGGGAGAUCCAGGAGCUGCAGGGCAAGGCCGAGCGCAGCGCCGAGGAGAGCGACCGCCUGCGCAAGCUGCUGCUCGAGUGGCAGUUCCAGAAGCGGCUGCAGGAGUCCAAGGAGAAGGACGAGGACGACGAGGAGGAGGAGGAGGACGUGGACACCAUGCUGCUCACGCAGCGGCUGGAGGCCGAGCGCAGAGCCCGGUUGCAGGACGAGGAGCGGCGCCGGCAGCAGCAGCUGGAGGAGAUGCGGCUGCGGGAGGCGGAGGAGCGCGCCCGGCAGGAGGACCAGCGGCUGCGGCAGGAGGAGGAGCGGGGCCGGCGGGACGCCGAAGAAAAGAGGCGACAGGAAGAAGGGUAUUACAGCCGCCUGGAGGCCGAAAGGCGCCGACUGCACGACGAGGCGGAUCGCAGGCUGCUGGAGCCCGAGGAGCCGGCCCUGGGCAGGCCUCCGCUGCCACGGGGUUACGAGCCCACAUCCCUGCCUGCCCCGGCGGGCGCGCCGCCCCCCCCACCGCAGCGCACCACCUCCUCCCUGCAGGCGCAGGCCCUGUCCCCCGACUCCCUGUACACCGCCAAGCUGGUCGCCUACACCGAGGAGGAGGAGGAGGAGGAGCGCCCCGCAGGACCGAACUCCUUCACGGGAUCUGCUGGGACGCUGGCCGGUGCUCAUGACACCUGUCGGGACCCAAGAGAGAAGCCGUCCAGAAGCCAGGAGGCGGGUGUGCCUGGGGGCACGGGAGGCCCGGAGAACCUGACCUUCAGGGAGCGCCAGCGCCUCUUCUCCCAGGGCCAGGACGUGGCCAACAAGGUGAAAGCCUCCCGCAGACUCACGGAGCUGGAGAACGAGCUGGACACCAAGUGA